GACUCAACCUACAUGCUGGUCAUGGUGGAUCCAGAUGCCCCUAGCAGGUCAGAACCCAACGAAAGAUUCUGGAGACACUGGCUGGUAGCAGAUAUCAAGGGCACUGACAUAAAGCAAGGGAAGAUUCAGGGCCAGGAGUUAUCAGCCUACCAGGCCCCCUCCCCACCAGCACACAGUGGCUUCCAUCGCUACCAAUUCUUCAUCUACCCUCAGGAAGGAAGGAUCAUCUCUCUCCUUUCCAAAGAAAACAAAACUCGAGGCUCUUGGAAAAUGGACAGAUUUCUGAACCGCUUCAGCCUGGACGAACCCGAAGCCAGCACCCAGUUCAUAACCCAGAACUAUCAGGACUCGUCAACCCUCCAGGCCCGCAGAGAAGAUGGCAGUGAGCCCAAGAGCAAACCCAGGCAGAGAUAACUGCCUGCUAGACCACAGGCUUCACCUUCCAGGCGUGAAUCCACAUUGCUUCCCACUGAGGGUCUGAGUGUGGACCCCCCUCUGGGUAUGGAACCCUUCUCUUCCAAAUUAAAAAAAAAAA